AUGACUUCAAUGAGUUUAAACGAAGUUGUUUCGGAUAAAACAAAUGUUUUAUUAUCAUCUGAACGACUUUUGCGUGAUGUUCCACAAGGUUUACAAAAUUAUAUGGCUAUUGUAUAUUUAAUUAUUUGGUAUAUUUCAUCGGGUGCUACACUCUUUUCAAAUAAAUAUAUUUUAAGUAGUUUUAAUGGUGAUGCUUUUUCAUUAGGUAUGAAUCAACUUAUUUUAUCAAUUUUAACUAGUUUUAUACAAAUGCAAAUAAUGAAUAGAAUAUCAACACAAAUACAUAAAACUUCACUGAAUAUAAAAAAUAUUUUUCAAGAUAUGUUAUUUAUUGGAGCAUUUCGUUGUAUUACAGUUGUUUUAGGUUUAUUAGCACUUAAAUAUAUUGUUGUUUCAUUUGUUGCAACAAUUAAAGCAUCAUCACCAUUAUUUACAGUUAUUAUAAGUAGAAUUAUAAUAGGAGAAAAAACAGGUCAUUGGACUAAUUUUUCUAUGGUACUAAUUACGAUUGGUCUGGCUUUAUGUAGUUCAUUUGAAUUAAGUUUUAAUAUGUUGGGAUUUUUAUGUGCUUUAGGAACAGUUUUUUUUGAAUGUUUACAAAAUGUUUAUUCAAAAAUAUUAAUCAGCGGUGAACGUUAUCGUUAUACAGCAGUUGAAUUACAAUUUUGGGCAAGUCUUGUUGCUUCAGUUUUUCAAUUACCUAUACUUUGUUAUAAUGUGGAUAUUUUAUCAGCAAUUGGUUCAACGUCUUCAAUACUUUUCCUAUUAUAUAUUUUUAAUGGUAUAGCAUAUCAUAUUCAAUCAUUUGCUGCUUAUGCUGUUAUGGCUUAUAUAUCACCAAUAACACAUAGUGUUGCUAAUACAGUGAAACGAGCUUUAUUGAUAUGGUUAUCGGUACUUAUUUUUAAAAAUCAAGUAACAUUUUUAAGUGGUUUGGGCACAUUAAUUGUUAUAUUUGGUGUUAUACUUUAUAAUGAAGCACGUGAUAUAGAAAAAAAAGUUGGCAUUUCAAAUAAUUCAGUAAAUGAUACUAGUCCAAUAGUUAUGCGCAGAGAUGUAUAGAAAGAAAGACAAGUUUUUAAAUUUCUUGAUAUUCAUUAAAACAGAUUUAUCACAGCACUCAAAAGACAAAGAUAUGACAGAUAUAAUCAAUCAAUUGUUUUAGUGCCAUUUUGUUUUUUGCUUUCCAUCACAAUUUGUAUGUGUGUAGCAAUUGAAUGCUUUUUUGCUCUGUUUAUUCAAUGUUGUAAUUAAUACAAUAAAGAUAUUUCUAAACUUGAAAGAAAUUAUUUUCUAGUGUAUAGUGAUAAUGUUGUUGGGAAUUAUGAAAUGUUUCGUUUUCUAGUACAAUCAUUUGUUUUUUUUUGACUUGCGGGAUUGUCAUAACUUAAAAAAUAGCUGAAAUUUUUCACAGAAGCAAAUUAUAUAAAAGUUAUAGUUUAAUUAAAAUUUUCAUUUUAUUUGGUUGAACUAUGAUGACUUUACUUGUAGGUGGCGUAUUGCUUUUCAAUUUUUCUCGAUGCAUUAGUCAUGGUUCAAUUAACUCACUUGUACUUCACACGUCACCAUUAUUUCGAAAUGAGAAAAAAUUUGUCGAGAGUGUGAUCAGUACACACCUUAAAUCGUUUUUUCAAAAACGUGACUCUGUUCAAGGCUAUAAAAAUCUAGAAAAUCGUUAUGGUCAUACAUAGUUCAAUUUGAAAAAAAAAUAUUGAUAUUUCAUAUACUAUAUGCAAUAAUUUCCUAUUCCUAGAAAUUUUCUCGCUACGAGAAAAAAAAAGUUUUCAUAUAUGUAUGUCUGUGACUAUGACAACGGACUUCACGAUGAUGAAUUUUUUUUCAAGUUUCUUCCUAGAAAUCUGUUAUUAAAACAUGACAGUAGCGCAAUUCGGGCUUGGAGUAACACUCACCAACUUUUUUUUGAUUCGCUAAAAAAAAACAUAUAAUUUUGACAAUGAAAGAAGGUAAAGUUUGGCGGAUCCAAAAUACGUGGAAUCGAAAAUCUUUUACUGAUAACUGGAGAGCUGUACAAAUAUUCAUAAUAUAAAGUUCAAGAAAUCAGUCUACGAUUGCACCAGUUGUAAACUAUCUACAUUUCUCACAACUGGAUGGAAAAAGAAGUAAAAAAAAUAGCUAGAAAUGUGAUUAAGGUUCCGAAAAAAAAUCAAACAUCAUCAGAAAAUCAAUUUUUCAGAAAAAAUAUGAUUCAAUACGCACUUUCAUAAUGAUUAUGAUUAUGAGCCAUGUCCCUGUUUAAAACGAAGCCUUAAGGGGACCCCCCCCCCCCCUUUCCGGCGUUUCUAAGCAACGGUCGAUCGAAAAUUCCUGAAACUUUCAGGGGUAGGAGGCGCCG